AUGGCCACCGCGCGAGCUACCGCUGCCGAAGACGCCAUCCGCGCCAUGAUCGACGACCACGCCGCCGGCUCCUGCAAGAAACGACGCAUCGGGAGCACCGAAGACUACGAGCUGACGCGCAUUCUCGGGAAGGGAGGCUUCGGCGUCGUCGUCAAGGCGCGCCACCGCGCCACCGGCAUUGACGUCGCGCUCAAGUCCCACCUCCGCCGCUCGCCGGCGCGCGCCGGCUGCAAGAAGACGAGCCACCAUUCCCACGUCCUCCGUCGUGACCUCCUGCGGGAGGCGUGCUACCUGGCCGCUUGCCGCGGCCACCCUUCCGUCGUCGGCUUCCACGGCAUCGCGCGGAACCCGCUCACGGGCGAGUGCAGCCUCGUCCUGGAGCACGUCGGCCCGAGCCUCGCCCACGUCCUGCGCCGACGCGGCAAACCGUUCACGGAGGAGGAGACGCGCCGCGUGAUGCGGCAGCUGCUGAGCGGCGCCGGGAGGAUGCACGAGCGCCGCAUCGUCCACCGGGACAUCAAGCCCGGGAACAUCCUCUUCGGCGUCGGCGAGGGCCGCGGCGACGUAGUGGUGAAGAUAUGCGACCUCGGGCUGGCCGUGUCCAUGAACGAGAGGCCGUCACGCGGCCAGGCCGGCACGCUCUGGUACAUGGCUCCGGAAAUGCUCCUGGGCAAGCCGGACUACGACGAGCUCGUGGACGCCUGGUCCCUCGGCUGCGUCAUGGCGGAGCUGCUCGCCGGCGAGCCGCUGUUCAGGGGGCAGAAUGCGACCGACCAGCUCCUCAGGAUCUUCGAUGUGCUCGGCGGCGCCCACGGCAACCCGCGGCUGCGCGAGCUGUUCCCCGAGGAGCGCCUGUCACGGGACGGGUUUGAGGUUUUGGAGGGGCUCCUGACGUGCGACCCUGCCAACCGUUUGCCGGCGGCCGCGGCGCUCCAGUGCCCGUGGUUCGCUAUCUCCGGCUGA